AUGGGCGCCCAACAAAGCCACGAUGUUCCGGGUUGGAACGAAUACGAGCAAGCGGAGCGAUUGCAGAUUCACUUUUCGGAAAUGAUGGGCUCGUUUACAUUGCGCGGUCAAUUCUUUAACUUUUGCGAGAAUCCGCUGUCGGCCAUUUUCUUGAAAGCCAAAGUAUCGCCGCAACGGAUUCGCGCCUGUUUUCUCGAUGGCCAUUUGUCCGCACUACUGUUGAAUCAUCCGUCGUGGUUACAAGACGUCGUGGAAGAUCUGUUGGAUGCCUGUCCCAAUUUGGAAAAGUUUUCCAUGAAACUCCCCAAGGCGUUGCCGUAUAUGAGACGGUUUCGACGGAUUCUGCGAUCGACCAUUUUUCCCUAUUUGCAGCCUAUUCAUAUCAUAGAAGGCGAGGAAGAAGAAGAGUUAGAAGAGGAGGAAGAAGACGAGGAAGAGAAAACAAGUAGUGACAAAGACGACGAGAAGAAGAGUAGCGAGAAAGAUGACAAAGAGACUACUAGUACUAGCAAUGAGAAUGGCGACGAUACUACUGCCAAGCCAAAACCAAAGGUAGUGGUAAAGAAGAUUCAAAAGAACAAGCAACGACCACCGCCACCCCAACAGCGAUUUCCACUUGGUUUGGAGAUUGCCGAUGACAAAUUGAUUAUUUCUCCCGACAUUGUCGAUCCAAAGACGACCGUCAAACGACAAAUCAUUUUUGUCUAUCGCGAACAAUUGCGCAUGAAUGCCAACAAUGCCGCCCGUACUCCGUUGGAACGAAUCUGGAAUUCCAUGAUUCAAGAAGUCAUUCAAGUUUUUGAACCCGUCAUUCAAGUGGCCAAUAUCUCGACCGAUUGUGAACCCACUACCUUUCAAGCGAUUUGUUCACUGCCGCAACUCCACAAACUCCAUUUUCAAAAUCACGUGUUGAAUGAUCCCGAAGUCACGACACUGACACAAAUACUGGCCACGCGCAAACGCAAACGCGAAGGAGUACUACCAUCGGCAUCGUUGAAACACUUGAAUUUUACCAACAUGGCCAUGCGGCAUCACAACUUUACCACACUCUGUCAUGCCAUGGAAACCAAUCGCGGACUCGAUUCGUUUGUGGUGACGCGAUUGACAUUUCAUACCGACGAUGAAACGACGUCCAUGGUCGAUCCAUUGUUGCAAAUUCUCAAAUCCAAUCGUCAUUUGAAAUGGUUGGAUGCGACUGGACAAGGUGGACCUGUCGUGGUCGAAAUGAAUCGAUUCCAUGUCCCCGGACGCCCCAUGUUGGCCGAUGGAGACAAUUAUGUCGAAUUGGAGAAUCAUACCGAGACGGAUGGACAAUUGCACGGACCGGACGAUUUGGGACAAUUGGGAUUGGAUAUUCCACCUCCGGGAGUCGAUGGAUUGCCCAUUAUUAUACCGCCAGCUGCUGCUGCUGUUCCAGUACCACAACCACCGCAACGAACCCAAGAACAAGAAGACGCCGAACAAGAACAAAAACGUCAAAUGGCACUGGCAGAAACCGAACGGCAACGUAAUUUGGAACGAUUGUAUCAAGUCUUGAAGGAACACAAUGAUACUGUCUGUCAAGUACGCAUUGGAGAUUUGCAAGAUCGACAAGUCUCACGGAUGAUGAUGCGACGAUAUCCGUUGCCACCCAAAAUUCAAACCCGCCUCGAUAUGAACACGUUGGGAUUGACCAAGAUUAUGGAUGCCGGUGGGUGUUCCUCCUCCAGCGUGUUGGGACAAGCACUCGUGUACGCCAAGAAACGAGCCAAGUCGGGGGAUUUUAAACUGUGCACCAAGAGUGAAGUAGAAGAAGAGGAGAAACUGAAACAACAGAACGAUGGCACCGCAAACGAUGACGACGACCAGACACAAGACGACAACAAGAAAAAGAAGGACGAGAAACGAAAUGAUACCAGUAGUACGAACCAUAUCUAUGGCGAUGGCCCGGCUCGCAUCCACGACUUUGACAAUGAUGACAGCGAAUGCAACCUGAACGGGAGCAAAUACGUGUACACUCCGGACGAUGAUGCUAUUGCUGUGGGGCCACGCAAGAGACCCAUUCUGCUGGAUUCCUUGUUCUGUCUCUUUCAGGAACAUCCGACGCUGGUCAGUCUCAUUCCAGUGCACGAAACAGAGGAAAACAAGGCUGCUCAGAAAAUGGAAGCGUAA